AAGUUGAAGUUUCAUAUUAAUCUGUGCUGAAAUUGUAUGGAAUGCAAUGCGAAUACCUAAAAAAGUUAAAAAUUGUAUGUAACUAGUGUGAAGGAAAUUGAUUUAUUUACAUUACUAAAGGGAAUCUUCCAGUCUUCCAAGCCAAAGAAACACAUACGCUAUGCUACGUAUAAAAUAAACUUGGAUCUAUCGUCCCCCAUUUCGGGAGCAGUAGGUCUGUUUGAGAUUGGGUUUGGAACGAUUUAGUUCAGGAAUCUAUCGAGCCUAAUCGAAAAAUGUCCGGCCGAAAAAAAGCUCCACCACCAGGAUUCAGGUUAAAACUUCAAGAAGAACCUGUUACUGUAACACCUCCAAGAAAUCUUGAUAAGCAGACUACUAUCACGGUAGAUGACAAGACUUUUACAGUACAUGCAGAUGACCUGGUCAAGAUAUGUGAUCUUGGCCGCGGCGCCUAUGGCAUUGUGGAGAAGAUGCACCAUAAGCCCAGUGACACAAUCAUGGCUGUUAAGAGAAUCACAGCAUCCUUCAACACCCAGUCACUGGAGUUGAAACGUCUACUGAUGGACCUGGAUGUAUCCAUGCGGGCCAGCGCCUGCCCCUACACUGUCCACUUCUAUGGUGCCAUGUUCAGGGAGGGGGAUGUGUGGAUCUGUAUGGAGGUCAUGGAUAUGAGCCUGGACAAGUUUUACGCUAAAGCUUACAAGCACGAGAAGACCAUAACUGAGAAUAUUCUUGGAAAAAUUGCAUUUUCAGUGGUAAGUGCCCUUCACUACCUUUACUCAAAACUGAGAGUCAUACACAGAGACGUAAAACCUUCAAAUAUACUAAUUAACAGAAAGGGUGAGGUGAAGAUGUGUGAUUUUGGUAUAUCCGGAUAUUUAGUGGACUCUGUAGCUAAAACAAUUGAUGCCGGCUGCAAACCUUACAUGGCACCGGAGAGGAUUGACCCCAGUGGUAACCCUGGACAAUACGACAUUCGUAGUGAUGUUUGGUCACUUGGCAUAUCUAUGAUAGAACUAGCAACAGGCCAAUUCCCGUACAACACUUGGGGCACGCCAUUCGAACAACUAAAGCAAGUUGUCAAAGAUGACCCUCCACGUCUUCCAAGCGGGCGAUUUUCCUCACAAUUCGAGGAUAUGAUCACACAAUGCCUCAAGAAAGAUUAUAAUCAGAGGCCCAACUAUGACGCGCUUCUGGCCCAUCCCUUCUGUCAAGAGCACAGUCAAAAAGAAACAGAUGUGGCUUCCUUUGUUCAAGAAAUAUUGGACUUACCUGAUGAAUAGUGCAAGGCAUACAUUUAUUUACGUACCAAUAAGUACAAGUGUUUAGUAACUAACAA